GCAUUUAAAUGGCGAGUGCUGCCGCCACUGCCAGCGCCAUCUCUCUCAAAGGUUCCGCAGAUAUACUAGUCGACUAUUUCUGUAUGCCACCCGGUUUUAUUUGUGAAAUGUAGUUUACGCUAUCAACUCUAUUCUUUAUCAACGAGAGAUAUAUCCAGAGGCCUCCUUCAAAAAGAAUAUGAAAUACGAGCUCAGUGUGUUGGUGACUGCUGACGAGGGACUGACGAAAUAUCUCAAGACCAUUUUAGAGCAACUAAAAGUUUGGCUAAUGAUGGAUGUGGUCCAGAAGCUGGUGCUUGUAAUCAAGUGUGUGAAAACCGGUGAGGUACUCGAACGAUGGCAAUUCAAUAUUGAGAGUGAAAAAGUGGACCAGUCUACAGAUCGAGAAAAGAAAUCCAUUGCCGCUAUACAAUCAGAGAUACGACAUGUGAUGCGCCAGAUUGUCGCCUCGAAUACACUCUUACCAGUUUUGGAUACUUCUUGUACAUUUGAACUGCUCAUCUAUACCAAAAAGAACGCAGACAUCCCGGAUGGAUGGGAACAAUCCGGACCUCAGUAUGUGUCCGAUUCGACCGAACUAAAACUGCGAUCUUUCUCCACCACGGUGCAUCGAGUAGAACACAUGGUGUCUUAUAAAGCUAACUCUUGAAUGCUAUUUUGUACACUUAGACAUAUUUUUGGUAUAUUGCACUUUUUCACUGUUUUAUAUAAAUUAUGUCACUAUCCCAUCCGGUGUGCUGUCCAAGAAAUCGGGCCGCAAAUCUAGUCACAGCGCUUUGGUUCAUUUUCCUUGCGUUUGUACUACAAUAAUGGCAUUUGCUUUCAAUAAAGCCUACCGGUGUCGC